AUGCCAUCUCUUAUCGACUACAGCCCGGCGGCGCUGCGGUCGCUGCUCCGGCCGUCGUCGACAACCGAUGAGCGGCGGGCGAAGCUGUCGGGGGCCGGGUCCGGCGGCGGCGCCCUGGGGCUCUUCAAGAUGUUCAAGCUCCUGCCGGUGCUCACCACGGGCUGCAAGAUGGCGGCCAUGCUGGGGCGGCACAGCGGCCGGGCCCUCCUGGCGGACCACGCGCCGACGGUGACGCUGUUCGGGCACCGGCGCGGGCGGCUGAGCCUGGCCAUCCACGAGGACACGCGGUCCCCGCCGGCGUUCCUCAUCGAGCUGCCCAUGCUGGCCGCCGCGAUGCACCGGGAGAUGGCCACGGGCACCGUCCGGCUGGCGCUGGAGAGCGACACUACGCGCGGCGUGGCCGCCGCCGCGCGGCGCAGGCGGCCGCUGCUGGAGGAGUACGUCUGGGCGGUCUACUGCAACGGGCGCAGCGCCGGGUACGCCAUCCGCCGCAAGGACGCGUCCGACGACGAGCGCCACGUCCUGCGCCUGCUCCGCGGCGUGUCCAUGGGAGCCGGGGUGCUCCCGCCGCCGCCCGACGGCAGGGCGGGCGCGGGCGCCGGCCCCGACGGCGAGCUCACGUACAUGCGCGCCCGCGUGGAGCGCGUCGUCGGGUCCCGGGACUCGGAGGCUUUCUACAUGAUCAACCCCGACGGCGGCGGCGACAACGCCUCCCGCGGCGGCGAUAGCGCGCCGGAGCUAAGCAUCUUCUUCGUGAGGAACAAGUGA